UGAGGUCGGGGCGAGCGAUGCCGUGGUCUCCUGAGGCCGGAACCUUUGUUCAAGCGAGAUUUCUUCCUUCCUUGCGGCGACUUUCCGUUUCCGGCCCGAGUGUCCGCCCUGAAAUCAGUCCGAGUACCAAGGGUGGCGGGAGGUAGUCGGAGAGACGGAUGGAGUGGCGGAUACCUAAUGAGAUGGAGACGACGCAGAUUGUCAAAUCAAACUCCAGGAAGAGACGGAAGGAUGGAAUAGGACCCAAUGGUACCACUGAUGAUGACGCUAGCCCAAUGAAAAUUGCACGACCAACCCUCUCACAGCCGGCACCCUUUGCAGACGAGAAUGGAGUGAAGAGCAGCAAACCAUAUGAACGUGUGACACUGGAAGAAGCAAAGAUUGGGACUCCCUUGGAUCGUCCGGUUCGGGUGUACGCUGAUGGAAUCUUUGAUCUUUUUCACUCGGGACAUGCACGGGCACUGAUGCAGGCCAAGAGUCUUUUCCCAAACACGCAUCUAAUUGUAGGGGGUAAGGAUCGUCCUCGUGAAUGUAUGUUUGCCCCAACUCAAAGAACAGAAGGAAUCUCCACAUCAGAUAUCAUUACCAGGAUUGUGCGGGAUUAUGACGUAUAUGUGCGUAGAAAUCUGCAGCGUGGUUACACUGCCAAGGAGCUCAAUGUCAGCUUUAUAAAUGAGAAGAAAUACAACUUGCAGGAACGAGUUGAUAAAGUGAAGCAGAAAGUUAAAGAUGUGGAGGAGAAGUCGAAGGAGUUUGUUCAGAAGGUUGAGGAGAAGAGCAUUGACCUGAUUCAGAAAUGGGAGGAGAAAUCAAGAGAAUUCAUCGGAAACUUCCUGGAGAUGUUUGGGCCGGAGGGAGCCUUGAAGCAUAUGCUGAAAGAGGGCAAAGGUCGAAUGCUGCAAGCAAUAACCCCAAAGCAGAGUCCGAGCAACAGUCCAGUCCGGGAGCGUUCCCCGUCGCCCACCUUCCGAUGGCCGUUCUCCAAGACCUCCCCGCCAUGCUCACCAAAACCAGAGUCGGACGCGGCUGGCUACGCCAUCAGCGACGACGAUUCAGAGUAAAGGUCUCUCUCUGUCUCUCCCGGAGUCUUCAUUUCACCCUCAACACCUGUCUCCUCCAGUUCUGUCUAUUGAUUGCCAGUGAUCCACGAGGACUGCAGGCUCGAGGCAAGUGUCACUCUCCAAUACGUGUACACAGAAAAGAAGUUCACACAAAUAGGGUCAAGUUGGACUUUGGAAUUAAAACAUUAAAAACAAAAUAAUUUUCCACAGGGAAACAGCUUGAACGAUGUAAACUUUUUUUUCUUUUUAGCAAAUUAAACUAAUUUAAAAGAAUCACUGUAAAGAUCAUGAGGGAAAAUGGCUUUCUUUUAUAUUUAAGGCCUAGUGUUGUAUCUGAGUAUCUGCACGUCAAAAUGUAAUGUGUGUUUCUAAUGUGAGAGGCUGGAAACGCAUGCUUGCCUCAAUUUGGUGGCCAAAAGACUGUGGUGGGGUAGUGGAUUGUGCUUGUAUCUGUUCUUGGGCUUUCCCAUGCUACUUCCAUUCAGCUGAACAGUAUUCCCCAGUGAGAAUAGUGUUGUAAUUUGCCAGUUAGUUGCAUCCCCAACUUCACCAAUCUCCAGAUUUGAAAUCUCACCUCCCACUCUGUCUUGUGUCCAAUCUCAGCGAACUGGUUCAGUCAGCUUCUGCAGCCUCCAUUGAACCCAAGAGGGUCAUUGGAACAAGGAUGUGAUCAGUUCAGUCCUGCAGCCAUGGAAUGCGAUGCACUGGAGGAGAUGAGACAGAACUGGGAUGUUGGAUAUACCCACAAUGCCAUCUGCUGCAAAUUUACAAGAGGUGGUUUAAUGACCACUUUUUCCGUAUGCAACAGUUGAGAUUCCCUUCCUGUGAGCCUUCUUAUAGUUUGUUUUGUGCGUAAGUACAGACAGUGAUUCUGACUGGUGACAAGGUGGUGAUCCGGGCUGCCGCAUGUCAAGCACGCACUGUCUAAUAGGUAAAAAGAUUUGUGUACAACCCAGGGCUGGGGAGCUGUGGAUGAACUGGGCGCUUUCCAUUUCUAGCGGAGCUUGCACUAUUUGCGUGGCAGGAAGUCUGUGCUGUAAAUCACUGCCAUCAACCAGUUUCUCUGGCACUUGACAGUUUGAACAUGUUGGUGUAUAAUCGGUUGUUUUUGCACUUGGAAAGCUCAGACAACUCUUGAGAUGAAGCCCCUGUGGGAUUUCACUCCCGUUCCGUACACUUGGGAAGAAAAGAGUUUGUAAUCUUUUCGAUGACUGUCCUGCAGUAGGACAAUGAAUUUAAGGACUGAAUCGAAAUAUUCUUUGGAAUCCCACUGCUUGAGAUUGGUGCGUGUGUUGUACUUGUCUGCACACUGCUCAUGGACAAGGAUAUGUGGGAGUGUGUUCCCUGCCUGUGCUAUACUUUGCUUUCUGGAUGCACACUUGUGCAUGUUUGCCGGAGAAUGUCAGUGUUUGUGUACAGACUGGUACCAAACAUUCUGUAUUCAUCCACCCUCUUUGCAGGAGUUAAUUUAAGGAAUGACAUUGAAAUAAAUAAUUAAGGAUAAACACCUUGUAAGUGCAAAGCAGGACCAGCCAGUCCUUAAAGAGACCAGGAUGAUGUUUUAGACAUAGGUAGCUCCUUUAUCAGAGCUGCCUGUGUUUAACUAAAGCUGUCAAUUCUCUCUCUCUCUCCCCCCUCCCUUUUCACCCCACUACCCCACCCCCCACCCACUUCCCUAUCCCUACCAAUUUUGACUGAUGUGCAUUUUUCCAGAAGGUCCUCCAUUCAGAUUUGUUUUUUAAUAAAAACGCAUUGUCAGAAGUACAAGUUGUGACCACAGAUCAUUCAAUUCCAAACUAGCGAGCCAAGGGCAUACCAGUCAUGAAUGCUUUCUUUUCUUUAUUCACUCUCAGGAUGUGGGCAUCAUUGGUGAAGACCUAUCCCUAUAAUUGCCUGCAGAAGGUGGUGGCAAGCUGCCUCUUGAACCACUUCAAUCCAUGCAGUGUACCCACAGAGCCUUUGGGGAAGGAAUUCCUGAAUUUUGAUCCUUAACACUGAAGGAGUGGUGAUAUUGUUCCACUUUAGAAUAACAUAAUUUGGAGGGGAACCUACAGCUGGUGGUAAUCAUGGGUUCGGAAGGUGCUGUCUAAGGAGUCUUGGUGUGUUGCUGCAGUUUAUCUUGUAGAUGGUACACACUGCAGCCAAUGUGCAUUGCAGAUGGAGGAAGUGAAUGUUUACAGUGGUGGAUGGGCUGCCUUUUUGCUGAAUGGUGUUGAGCUUCUGUGUUGGCACUGCAUUUAUCCAGGCAAAUAGAAAGUUUUACCCCAAGGUCUUCACAGUUUCCACUGUCCUUCAGCAAUGUUUUGAUGUCACAUAAAACUAAUAAUUAAAUUGUCUGAUGACUGGCUUCUGUGGUGCUGUGGCCUCAGGAGAAGACCAAGGUGGAUCAGUGACUAAAUACUUCUGACUGAAUGUGGUAACUAACACUAAGAAUGUGGAACUUAUAGUCUGGUCUCUGCCAUCAUUAAGGAUGGGGUGCUCAUGAGCCUUCUCCUCUUGUUGGUUACAUUUCCAUCCCCAUUCACGACUGCAAUACAGAGCUUUGAUCUGAAUUAUUAACUGUGGGAUCACUGAGCUCUGUCUACAAUGUUCUAUACCAUUAUUAAAUGCAUGCCUUCGUGUUUUGUAACUUCACCAGGUUGAAGUAAAGGAUACAUUGGGCAUGAGGUUACAGAUUGUGAGUGAUAGCCCAUGAUGCCUCAUUGCUGCUGUCUUUUGAGUUGCUAAGUUUGCUCUGAAUCUUAUUUCCUUCAGCAAUGUAGUAGUCCCGCACAAUGUGAUGGCUGUUAUUCUGUUUGGUGGUCAGUCCUACUUAUAUUAUCACGGACGGGUACAUCCAUGAGGGUGAGAGAAAACAGUUUGUUUUGCCUUUGUUAGCUCUCUCACCACCCGUUACAGGUGCAGUUUAGCAGUUAUAAGCUUCAGGACUUGGCCAGCUCGGUCAGUGGUGGUACUGCUGAGCUACAAGGCUCCUUUCAUAAAAUCUUCCAAACCUACAACCUCUACCAUCUAGAAGGACGGGGACAUGGGGUACAUGGGAACACCACCACCACCACCUAUUAGUUCCCUUCCAAGCUAUUCAGCAUCCUGACACAGGAAAUAUACCACCGUUCCUUCAGUGUCAGUGGGUCAAAAUCCUGGAACUCCCUCCAUUAAAGCAGCAUUGUUGGUGUACUAUACCUCAAGGAUAGCAGCGGUUUAAGAAGGCAGAUCACCAUCACCUUCUCAAGUGGAAUGUGGGCAAUUAAAACUGGCUUAGCUUGUGAAGCACACAUCCCAUGAAUGAAUAGAAAAGAAAAUUGAAGUCCCCUAACUAGAGCCCAUUCUGUGUUCUUGCCACACUUCUUUUUCUUGAUGUGGAGGAAUCCUGAUUUGUUGCUGACCGAGCAGUAAUUAGCAAGAGCUUCCCUUGUCCACCUUCGACCUGAUGCAGUGAGACUUCAAGGAGUGUGGGAUUAAUGUUGAGGACACUAGGGCCACUCUUGAUUGUAUACUGUGCCUCCAAGACUUCUCUUCAUUCUCAAUGCCUUUACCUCUGGUAUUACCCGAGGAUUUGUCAUUAACCUCCAUCUGUUUCUCAUCUACAGGCUGCUCUUAGCUCCUGUGAAGCACAUUGGGACAUUUGAUUUUAUCAUCCAAACAGUGUGGCAGCUACCACAUAUAUAUUGAUGACACCCAGCUCUACCUCACCACCACUUGUCUUGACCCCUCCAUAAUCUCUACAUUAUUGGACUAUUUGUCCCACAUCCUCCAAAUAAAUAUUAACAAGACCAAAGCCAUUGUCUUUACUUCCUGCCACAAACUCUGCUCUCUAGCUAAUGACUCCAUCUAUAUCGCUGGUAAUUGCCAAGGACUAAAUCAGGCAAUUUGUGACCAUGCUGUGUCAUCUGACCCUGUGCUGAGCAACUGACUGUAUAUCUGCCUCAUUAAUGCAUCCUCAUAGUUCCACCUCUAACAUUACAUGACUGUCCUUAACUCAUCUCAUCCACUGCUGAAAUCCUCAUUCACACCUGACUUCUCCAGUGCUGUCUUGGCCAACCUCUGUCUUCUGCGCUUCACAAACUUAAGGUGAUCGUCAACUCUGCUGCCUGUAUCCUAAGUAGCAUUAACUGCACACAACCCUACCCCCCUCCCACCAUGCUGUCAUCCACUCUGCACUCACUGACACACAUUAGCACCCAGUCAAGCAACGCAAUGAUUUUAAAAUUGUUAUCUUUGUCUUUGAAUCCUUCCAUAGGUCUAUAAACUCCACCAGCCCUAUAACCCUCAGAUCACGGUCAUUCGAGUCAUUCUCACUCCUUGAGCAUCUCCAAUUGCAAUUUCUUCACCAUUGGUGGCUGUGCCUUCACGUGCCUGACCUGAACCCUGGAAUUCCCUUCUCUACCUCUAUAUCCCUUUUUAAAAUGCUCCUUACAAUCUACCUCUUUGAUUGGGUUUUUGAACAUCUGUCCUUGUAUUUCUUACAUAACUCAGUGUUAAAUGCCUGUUAAAAAUGUCCUAUGGAGCAAGACGUAACUAGGGAAAGUUACAACAGGAGUCUUGCAUGUUAACUGGAAGGUAGGUAUCUGUGGGUGUGAUCUCUUCAGACUGUAACUUGGCUAGUCUGUGGGAUCACUAUCCUGAUCUUCACAGAUGUUAGCAAGGAGGACGCAGUUUGUGCAGUUUGAUGGUAAGCUAUUUGUCCCAUUGCUGCAGCAUUGCUUUUGGUAGCUAUCUUGAUAGCCAAAUGGUUUGCUCGGCCAUUUCAGAGGGCACUUGAGAGUUAGCCACAUUGCUGUGAGUCCAGAGUCGGAUGUAGGCAGGACCAGGUAAGGAUGACAGAUUUCCUUCCCUAAAGGACAUUCAUGAACCGGAUAGGUUUUUAAUGACAAUCCGGUGGUAGUUGAUGGCUUCUUAUUUUAGUUCUCCAGCUCUCUCGAAAUUUGAAUUCAUGCCACUCUCAUUACAUCAGGCUUCUGGAUCACUAAUGCAAUGACAUAUAAACCACUAUGUGUGGUUGCCCUAAUUGCAGGACAGGAGAAGUUAGAUUGUUGUCCUGUCCGCUGGGCUGUGUCUGUAUCGUUUUUCAGUUUUGUAGAAGUUAUGACAGCUUUAUUUUAUAGUAAGAUCAUAAGGCUUUUUGAUAUCACCAGCACUAUAAAUGAGGUGAAUUCCACGUGCUAUCUGACUGUUAUUCUAUUGCACAUUGUACAGUAAUAGUAAUGGAUUGGGCUGCACUGAAAUCUGCAUUUCUGUGUCAUCUCGGUCUUAGUUUUUGAAGAAUGCUUUAAAAAAUAGCAUGUGCGUUUAUAUAGGGCCCUUCAUGACCCUGGGAUGUCCGAAAGCCCAUGGCAUGCCAAUCAAGGGGUUUACGGAGUUCAGUCACUGUGUUGUAAUGUGAGGAGACAGGAGGGCAUUGCCAAACCCCAGGCUGUCUGCAGUUUCCACUGCCUCAAUGCUGCCUCAGUGCUGAAGCCGGAGAUGCAAGGAACCAAGCUUGUUGCAGUUUGGGUUAGAGCCAGAAGGACACUUGUCUGGUAAUUGAGUUGGGAAGGUGCCCCUUUGAGGGGAAGUGGGCUUGCUGGCUGCAAGAGCCCUCAAAUUGGGAACGAUGACCACUGCUUAUUGAGUAAGCACCACACCCACAUUCUCCCUGCUCACUGGGAGUUACCAGGACCGUUCCCCAGGAAGGCAUGACACCGGAAAUCUGGUGGCAAUGGCUUCAAAAGUGUUAGCUUUGCAACCUCCAGUUCGCUCACAGCAAUGUGUGUCAGAUUGACCCCUGACCCUCAAACUUCACAUCUGUAAAAUGAUAAGAUACAGGAGCAGAAGGAGGCCAUUCAGCCCAUUGGGUCUGCUGUGCCAUUCAGUGUUAUUAUGGCCAAUCUCUGAGAAUGGAUCUAAAGUGUGGGGGGUGUUGGGGAAGGUGGGGUGUGUGACUUGCUAUUUCAGUCAAAUCAGGAAUAGCCAAACUCUACAAGCGUUUCCUUGACUGUUGGGUGAAAGAUGGAGUGCAGAACUAUUUCUGUCUUGGUGUUGUAUUUUUAAAAAUCCAUAUGUUAUUUAUGCAAUACAAUGUUCCUGUGGGCAAUCCUUGUGAAUCAUUUAAAUUUAUACAUUUGAAAAAAGAUUAAAUCUUAGACGUUUUGUUAAACUUGGGUGUUUGGGGACACAGGGAGGUUAAAUUAACAAUAGUUGAAAUGCAAGGUGCUAUAAGAUCGGCUUUGAGCUGAGAUUUUUAAUAGAGAUGCAUGUUGUUGAUAAGUGGAUUCUGUGCUGAUCUUUUAAUCAACUUACAGCUGUUAAACAGUGGAAAAUUGUCUGAUUAAACAGCAUUAAAAUAAAA